AUGCCUUCGUCCUCUACCUUUGAACUUGCCGGACGGCAGUUCCCCAGGGCAACCAAUGGCUACGAUGGGUCGAUGAUGAAUGGAUUGCAGACUCUUCCUCACUGGCAAGAGUAUUUCAACCAUCCCGAAGGCUCAAUGUUGGGCAUUCUCAGUGCAAUCAUGUCUCUUGGCUCGCUUGCGGCGUUGCCCGCUGUGCCCUAUACAGCUGAUAUCCUAGGACGGAGAAUGGGAAUCUUGAUCGGUUGCCUCAUCAUGAUCCUGGGUGUCGUUCUCCAGAGUGUUAGUGCCAACUAUGGCAUGUUCCUGGCUGCGCGGUUUUUGAUCGGAUUUGGAGUAGCUAUCGCUCAUGGAGCUUCUCCUUUGCUGAUUACGGAACUGGUGCACACCCAGCAUCGUGCCAUCUUUACUACCAUCUACAACACCACAUGGUACCUUGGCGCGAUCGUCGCCGCCUGGCUGACUUUCGGCACCAACAAUAUCGAUAGUAACUGGUCCUGGAGAGCACCGACUGUUGUCCAGGCUGCCCCGUCGGUCCUCCAGAUCAUCUUCGUCUGGUUCGUGCCCGAGUCACCCCGCUUCCUGAUCUACAAGGGUAAGGAUGAGCAGGCACUGAAGGUGCUGGCCGACUGUCACGCAAAUGGAAAUCAACAGGACGAGGUUGUUCAGCUGGAAAUGCACGAGAUCAAGGAGACUAUCCGCCUUGAGAAGGAAUUCGAGAGCAACAGCUGGAUGGAGCUGGUCCGCACCAAGGGCAACCGGCACCGUCUUAUCAUCUGCAUCACUGCGGGACUCUUUUCGCAGUGGUCUGGCAACGGUCUGGUGUCUUAUUAUAUUGCCAAGGUUCUGACCUCGAUCGGAUAUACCAGCUCCGUUCAGCAGAACCUGAUCAAUGGCUGUCUCCAGAUCUUGAACAUGAUUGUGGCCCUGACGAUGUGCUUCUUUGUGGACAAGAUCGGACGGCGCAAGCUUUUCCUGGUCUCGACGGCGGGCAUGUUGGUGGCGUUCGUAGUCUGGACGAUCUGCUCGGCGCGGUAUGCCAUCGCGGGGAAUCACAAUGCGGCCAAUGCCGUGAUUGCGAUGAUUUACCUGUACUAUGUGUUCUAUAAUAUCGCAUGGUCGGGUCUUCUGGUGGGAUACACGGUUGAGAUUUUCCCUUACAGUAUCCGAGCUAAAGGAAUGACGGUGAUGUGGCUCUGCAUUGAUCUCGCUUUGUUCUUCAACCAGUACAUUAACCCGAUUGCGCUGGAGAACCUCGGGUGGAAGUAUUAUAUCUUCUACUGCGUCUGGCUGGGCGUGGAGUUGGCGGUGGUGUGGUUCUUCUACAUCGAGACACGCAACACGCCGUUGGAGGAGAUUGCGAAGUACUUUGACGGGGAGAAUGCGGUCGUGGGUGGCGUUGCGGGCACAGAGAAGGCGCGGGGGUUGAAGAAUACGCUGCAUAUCAAGGAGGUCUCUUGA